GCAGCCAUUCAUGCACGCGCGCCAACCAUCCCUAACCCUCACACCAUUCUCUCACAAGUUCCACCCGACAGUAAGUGGUUCUCUGUUGUUGAUCUAGCCAAUGCUUUCUUCAGCAUUCCUGUUCACCCAGACAGCCAAUUCUGGUUUGCGUUUACGUUUGAAAAUAAGACCUACACAUUCACGCACUUGUGCCAGGGCCUGUCUGAGUCACCAACAAUUUUUAACACAAUUUGGAUUCUUUAAAGCUGCCCAGCAAUAGUGCGAUGAUGAUGAUAUGUGGAUGAUCUGUUGAUUUGCUCUCCCACCAGAGAAGCCUGUGUAGCAGACACAGUGGCCUUGCUCUCCCAUCUGGCUGAUAACGGACACAAAGCAAGCCUGUCAAAGCUGCAGUUUGCCUGUGAGAAAGUUGUUUUCCUAGGUCAUGUGAUCACAAGGGAAGGGAAGACUCUCUCUCCCUCCAGAAUAGCUGCAAUCCAGUCUGUUCCGAGGCCUCACACCAAAAAGCAAGUAAUGAGUUUUUUGGGUAUGACGUCAUAUUGCAGACAAUGGAUCCUGAACUACGCCGAAAUAGAGGCACCAUUGGCAGCAAUCGCCCAUGGGAAAGGCCUCAAUGCGAACGACAAAGUUGAGUGGGUGACUGACGCUGACAAAGCAUUCACUGACCUCAAACUGGCCCUGCAGUCUCCCCCGACUCUGGGCCUGCCCGACUGCUCAAGACCUUUCACCCAGACAGUCGACGGAGAGGGUGGGUACAUGACUUCCGUAUUGCUACAAGACCACGGGGGCCGCAACAGGCCUGUAGCGUACUUUUCAUCAAAACUUGAUUCAGUGGCGGCAGGCUUGCCUGCCUGCCUCAGAGCUGUGGCUGCUGCAGAGAAAGAAGUGAUGGCCUCUCAUGACAUUGUAGGGUAUUCUGAUCUGACACUGCUGGUGCCCCACGCUGUCUCCUUGAUUUUGCUCGAGCAGAAAACCUCUCAUCUCUCAGCUGCUAGGUGGCUGAGAUACAACACCAUUCUGCUAGAGCUCCCAAACAUUACUGUGAAACGAUGUACAGUUCUUAAUCCUGCUACCCUUCUUCCCACAGCUGACGAUGGAGAGGCACACAACUGUGUUGCUAUCAUUAAUGAAGUCUGCUCUCCUAGAUCUGAUCUGCAGGAAGUGCCACUUCAGAAUGCAGGCCUGGAACUGUUUGUGGAUGGCUCAGCAUCAAGGGACCCAGGGACAGGAAAGAACCAAACAGGGAAACGCCAGAGCAGACGCUAUUGCGAAGACAGCAGCUAAGCAGCGACUAACAAAACAAUGUGUUGUUAUCCCUGCCUCACCACUGACACCUUUCGCAGAUCUGCAGGAACUACAAGCGAAAGCCACUCCACAGGAGGCGGCCAACUGGAGGCAAGCUGGUUGCGCUGUCAAAGAGAAUGUUUGGUAUGGUCCUAACUACAAACCGUGCUUGCCCAAAUAUCUUUUUCCUCACUAUGCUACGUUGACACAUGGAUGAGAUCAUGUGUCAAAAGGGGGAAUGAUGAGUGAGAUACAAAGAUAUUGGUUCACAAAGGGCUUCUCAGCCUUCUCCCAAACUUUUUGCAAAAGGUGUGUGAUCUGUGCCACAAACAAUGCAGGGGGAGGUCUUCGGACGCAACAGGGUGCCCAUCCACCCCCUGAAAGACCAUUCAAGCAUUUACAAAUGGAUUUCAUUGAACUAACACCUAGUGAGGGAAAGAAAUACUGUCUCGUGGUGGUCGACAUGUUUUCUAAGUGGGUGGAAGCUUUCCCUACAUCCAAACAGGAUGCGGCAGCAGUUGCAAAAGCUUUAAUCACAGAAAUCAUCCCACGUUGGGGAAUUCCAGCUAAAAUAUCCAGUGAUAAUGGCACACCUUUUGUAAAUACAGCCCUGAAAAGUGUGGGGGACUACUUAGGUAUUGACCUAAAACGGCACUGCGCCUACCACCCAGCAAGCGGAGGUGCCGUAGAAAGAGAAAAUGGCACCCUGAAAAACAAGCUUGCUAAAUGUUGCGAAGAAACAGGUCUGUCAUGGACCAAAGCCUUGCCAACCGUCCUCAUGCACAUGAGGGCUAGAAUCAGAGCUAAAAACAACCUUAGCCCUUUUGAAAUCUUGUUUGGUCGACCUCUGCACACCGGGAUUGGGCCCGGCACGAGACAGCUCCCAGGGACAGGUCAGUGUGAGGAUGAAAUGUUGUGGUAUUGUGCAAACCUGUCCUC